AUGAAAUUCGUCGGGGUUAUCGCGUCAAGUCUUCUGGUUGUGCCUUCUGCGGUCUCUGGUGACGCUGAUAGCUCGAGUUUCGCGCUCUUCUUCGAUCAGGAUCGUUUCCAGGAGGUUUUCCCGGACGCUGUGGAGCUCUACAACUUCAACGGUCUUGUGGAUGCGGCCAGCAAGUACAGCGAAUUCGCUAAUACGGGCAACGACGACAAUGACAAGCGUGAGCUGGCAGCGUUCCUGGCUCAAACAGCUCACGAGUGCGACAGCUUCAAGGCCGCGGAAGAGUACGCCCGUGACACCUACUCGGUGUGGCAGUACUGCGACAACACUACCUACACGUGUGCCCCCGGUCGUCGUUACCACGGCCGUGGCCCCAUUCAGCUCUCAUGGAACUACAAUUACUACAAUGCUGGCGAAGCUCUGGGCAUUGAUCUCUUAAACAACCCGGACAUCGUCGCGACAGACACGACGGUGACGUGGAUGACUGCGCUUUGGUACUGGAUGACUCCGCAUGGCGGCCGUGUGAUCCACGACAUCGUCGCCGGUGAGAACGGAUUCGCUCAAUCCACCGAUAUCAUCAACGGUGGUCUGGAGUGCGGUCCGGACGCUCCCAACACGUCGAACGAGCAACAACGUAUCACGUACUUCACCAAGAUGUGCGAGGCUCUGGGCGUGGAGCCUCUGGGCGCCACCUCGUGCAACGCCUAG